AGGGAACGAUGGACACGUUCGAUAUGUUGCACGACCUUCAAACGCAGUGCAUGAAUUUAAUACCACCGGACGCAGGGAUGGAAGUGUACUGUCGGCAGCUGGUCAAAACAGAAAACGGUCAUAAAUACAUGCAGUUGGGACAGGUCAUAGACAAAGAGUUGAAAGCGAUCCGAGAGUACGGCCUCUGGUUGCUGAUCAUGGAGAAAAAAGCUUCGAUUUGCCGGAGCAUGCGGUAUUUGUUGCCGAUAGUCUGGCACGGAAUGAUAUCGACGAUGAGCAAGCACGAUACGGGAAACGGGAACCCCGAAAUCUUACGGAAACUAUUAGACAAAGUGGAGAUGAAGUUGUCAACCGAAAAAAGGGUAGAAGAAAUCAACCGAUACAUAAACAGCGGUGACGGCGGCGUAUAUCCUAACGCGGACGCCGACGAUUUGAAUUCGCUCGUCGUUUUCGUGGACAAGAUCAGAUAUUUAGUGGAACUUCUCCGUCCGUUCAUCAACAAUCUGGAACAUUUUGAUAAGUUCAAAACGGUGUACGAAGUGAUGCUUUCAAUAAAAAUGGUCCACGCCGCGUCGUCUUUUCUUAACUUGUUGUUGUUCGUGUUUGCAGCGACAAACAGCGUCUACAAAUCCCAGUGUUGUUCCACCGACGACCGUGACGUAUUCGCCACGAUGAUUGCAGCAGGCGGACAGAGAGUAAUCAAUGUGGUCCCCAUGACCAAAGGCGAGAUCAACAAGCUGUACGCGGAGGUCCGAAAAGAUUUCGAACUGUUGUACGUGAGAUUUUCCACAGCAAACACAGAUUCGCAUCGCACUAUGGACAUGUCGAUCAUCUUCUACCACUCGUUAAACAAGUACCGGGAUCCGCACGUGUGGAGGUUGAUCGGCGACGAGAUCGUGAUGGAGCAGUCGCAGUGUUCGACGUCGACGCAACUCAAUAACGUCAUGUCAAAUGCCGAUCGGGAAAUUGUAAGCAGGGGCGCGGAGCUGACUACAGUCGUCCAAAACGCCAUCGAGUGCCAUAUUCUGGUGUAUGUAAACCUGCUGGUGAGAAUGUUACACAGCAUAGUUCGGGUGUUCGCGGCCGACGUGAACGAAAUCCAACGGUGGUUGGAGACGCUUGAAAUGCACAAAAAUCUCGGGAAUUACGUCAGCUGGUCGAUGGAAAAACUGAUAUCCUCUUUUUACAUGUUCCACGGCGGAAUGAAAAGCUAUGGUAUCGCCAAAGAUAUUUUCGACGGUACAAACGGGGAUGUAAACGAACUGUACCGCGUUACCGAUACAGCGGAAAUGAAAACCGUCAUUAGAGUAUAUCUGACGUACGGCGUGCGUUUGAUUGGACUGGCUGUCGACAAUUUCGUCUCCUGCAACUUCACUGAUUUCAUAAGCAAAGACGAGCGAACAGACGUUAGACGCGUGCUAGACGACAUUUGGAACAUUUUGACGUCCUCCGGCACUCCUUUAGGCGACAACGUGGUGAAAAUGUUGACAGAGUGGUAUGAUCGCGGACAACAAGUCUACGGACAAAGCUGCUAUUCUGGCAGUCAGCACCUUCCGGAAUAUCUGAACACGUUCACAGAUAAUAUGAACCGCGCCACCCUGUUCGAUGAGUACACAAUAACGCUGGGCUGGUUAAUGGACCGAAUGGAAGGCCUGUAUAAUGACCUUCUACGAGACUUGGAUCUCGCCGAAAUGUUUUAUUAGGCGUUAGGUUAGGUUGAUAUAUCAUGGUAUUUAAGACCAAUUAGUAUUAGUAGUAAUGUAUUAUUAUAGAAAAUUAUUAAUUUCGCCAGCUGGAACUCCGACUCCAGAUCUGUUCAAAUAAACAUUUAGGUAGUUUUGUAGUAAUUAAUGACAAUCAGACUCCAGUGUUCUAUUUAAUAAUAUUAUAGUAAAUCUAAGUCUGAGUGAUUCGUAGUUUAAGUAUUAAUGUUAGAAUUUUGUAGGACACCCAACUACUGUAGAAUU